CACCCUCUGACCCCUAACCUGUGACCUCUCUAGGAGCUGUUGUCCACGCGUGGGGGGAUGACGGGCCAGGUGAACGUGGAUGUCCGGGCUACUAAGAGCCAGGACCUUUCUCUGAUGCUGGCUGAAGUCAGGUCGGAGUACGAGGCGGCCGUGGAGAAAAACCGCAGACAGGCCGAGGCCUGGUACAUGAAACAGGUGGAGAUGAAGCAGGCAGAGUCGGCGGUGGUGAUGGAGACGACAACGACGACCACGUCGGAGAUGACAGAGUUACGGAACCGCUACCAGACCCUACAGAUGGAAUACCAGGGACUACGUAUGGGGAUGGCGAACCUAGAGGCCAGGCUGUUGGAGGUUCAGUCCCAGUUCCAGCAACGUCUGUCUGGGUAUAGUGGCAAGGUGAUGGGCCUGGAGGGAGAACUGACCUCCAUAAGGGCCAGCACCACUGAGCAGAGCCAGGACUACCAGAUCCUUCUGAACAUCAAGAGUCGUCUAGAGAUGGAGAUCCAGCAGUAUAAGCAUCUGCUGGAGGGAGCCGGCCUGGGAGGGGGCAUGGUCUCUGGAGGGGCUGACCUGGGAGGGGGCAUGUUGGUCUCUGGAGGGGCCGGGAGGUCGGCAGGUAAGGCUGUUGUGACCAGGACCACUGUGUUGGAGGUGAAAUCCUCGGGAGGAGGAGUGGGGACGGGAGGAAGCUCCAUGUUGAUGCAUUCCACUAGCUCCACCUCCAGCCGUUCUGGGGGUGGGGCAGCCAUGCUGUCAUCAGGUGGCGCCGCGAUGGUGUCCGGCAGGGGACCAGCCAUGAUGUCAUCAGGAAGCCCCGCAAUGGUGUCUGGCGGCGGAUCAGCCACGGCGCCAUCAGGAGGAGGCACGGCACCAUCAGGAGGAGGCACGGCGCCAUCAGCAGGAGGCACGGCGCCAUCAGCAGGAGGCACGGCCCCAUCAGCAGUAGGCACGGCGCCAUCAGCAGGAGGCACGGCGCCAUCAGGAGGAGGCACGGCCCCAUCAGCAGGAGGCACGGCCCCAUCAGCAGGAGGCACGGCCCCAUCAGGAGGAGGCACGGCUCCAUCAGGAGGAGGCACGGCCCCAUCAGGAGGAGGCACGGCUCCAUCAGGAGGAGGCACGGCCCCAUCAGGAGGAGGCACGGCCCCAUCAGCAGGAGGCACGGCCCCAUCAGCAGGCGGCACGGCGCCAUCAGCAGGCGGCACGGCGCCAUCAGCAGGCGGCACGGCCCCAUCAGCAGGAGGCACGGCCCCAUCAGCAGGAGGCACGGACCCAUCAGCAGGAAGCACGGCCCCAUCAGGAGGAGGCACGGCCCCAUCAGGAGGAGGCACGGCCCCAUCAGGAGGAGGCACGGCCCCAUCAGGAGGAGGCACGGCCCCAUCAGGAGGAGGCACGGCCCCAUCAGCAGGAGGCACGGCCCCAUCAGCAGGAGGCACGGCCCCAUCAGCAGGAGGCACGGCCCCAUCAGCAGGAGACACGGCCCCAUCAGCAGGAGGCACGGCCCCAUCAGCAGGAGGCACAUUCCCAUCAGCAGGAGGCACGGCCCCAUCAGCAGGAGGCACUGCCCCAUCAGCAGGAGGCACGGCCCCAUCAGCAGGAGGCACGACGCCAUCAGGAGGAGGCACGGCGCCAUCAGGAGGAGGCACGACCCCAUCAGCAGGAGGCACGGCGCCAUCAGGAGGAGGCACGGCGCCAUCAGCAGGAGGCACGGCGCCAUCAGCAGGAGGCACGGCGCCAUCAGGAGGAGGCCCGGCGCCAUCAGCAGGAGGCCCGGCGCCAUCAGCCGGAGGCCCGGCGCCAUCAGCAGGAGGCCCGGCGCCAUCAGCCGGAGGCCCGGCGCCAUCAGCAGGAGGCCCGGCGCCAUCAGCAGGAGGCACGGCGCCAUCAGCUGGAGGCACGGCCCCAUCAGCAGGAGGCACGGCGCCAUCAGCAGGAGGCACGGCGCCAUCAGCAGGAGGCGUCACAAUGGUGUCCGGUGGGGGACCAGCUCUGAUGUCAUCAGAAGGCGUCGCGAUAGUGUCCGGUGGGGGACCAGCUCUGAUGUCAUCAGGAGGCGUCACAAUGGUGUCCGGUGGGGGACCAGCUUUGAUGUCAUCAGGAGGUACUGCGAUGGUGUCAGGCGGGGGAACAGCCAUGGAGGGAGGUACAGCCACGGUGUCAUCGGGAGGUGGCACUGUGUCCGGCGGAGGUUCCAUGAUGAUGUCAUCGGGCGGGGGCAUGACCGCGUCCGGUAGCAACUUGUCUUCCACCAGCGUGUUGACCAGCUCCACCAUGGAAGGUAAAGUCUCUACUGGUGAUAUUACCAUAGUUCCCAUAUAGUGAUUCCCUUCUCUGAUUCACGUCACAACACUCCAGGACCACGGAACCCCCUACACACACACACACACACACACACACACACACACACACACACACACACACACACACACACACACACACACACACACACACACACACACACACACACACACACACACACACACACA